GUACAUUGGUAAACAUUACCUCUCGAGUUUGAGGGCUGGGGACAUCGCCAGCUUUGUCGCUUCAAAUAACGAACCUUGAUCCGCUGGAAUCACUUUUUUCUCCUUGCAAACAUGUCUACCGUCCUCAAAUGGGCUUCAAAGAAGGGUAAGCAGCAAGAAGGCAAACAAUGGCUGCAUGCCCCUGAAUCCCUCACACAAGCUGCAGUCUUGUACACAGUCAAGUUCUAUGGAGUGACAGAGGUAGCUGAAGCUAAGGGAACUGAAGUUAUCAAGGAGGCUAUAACCAAAGUUCAGUUUGCUAACCAUAUAAAGAAGAGUGAAGCAGGAACAAAGGCCAGCAAACUAAGGAAAGUUGACCUGAAAAUCAACAUAGAUGGAGUCAGUAUUGAAGACUCAAAAUCUAAGGAAGUGUUGCACUCAUAUCCUCUCCAUCAUAUCUCCUACUGUGCUGAUGAUAAGAGAAACAAGCGUGUCUUUGCAUUCAUUGCAAAGGACAAGACGUCCCCUAAGCAUACUUGCUAUGUGUUUGAGGCUGAGAGAUUGGCUGAAGAACUGACUCUGACUGUUGGGCAAGCAUUUGACCUUGCGUACAGGCGGUUCCUUGAGAGAAAAGGCAGUGAGAAAGUCGAUCACAGUGCGAAACACAUGACAGCUAUGCAGCAACAGAUCAAGGAGGCUGAGGCAGAAAAGGAAGCCCUCAAGCAGAAGAUUGCUCAGUUGGAAAAGGCACAGCAAGGAAAUAACGCUGGAGAGAAUGGACAGCAAAGCACAGGCUCCAACAAUGACAACCUGCUAGGUGAUGACUUGCCGACAAUUCCAGGCAUUGCACCACCCCCAAAAGUGACAAGACCAUCCAGGCCAUCACAGGAACUAUUUGACCCAUUUGACCAGUCAUCAACAUAUCCACAAGAGCCAAAAGCCAGCACGAGUGACCAGCUCUCGUCACUGUUUGAUGCACAGCCUUUACCCAACACCACAAACAGCACGAGUGACCAGCUGUCGUCACUGUUUGAUGCACAGCCUUUACCCAACACCACAAACAGCACGACGAGUGACCAGCUGUCGUCACUGUUUGAUGCUCAACCUUCAACCUACACCACAAACAGUACCAGUAGUAUGACCCCUCCAUAUGACCAGUCACCCAGCGUCAACCCUUUCUCAUCACCAUUUGAUAGUGACAGUCUGGACUUGUUAGAUCAAAAGCCAACAGCUGAAGUUGCCCCACCAAACAACAAUAAUAACAACAAUAUUACAUCUAAAGCAAAUGGGAGUACAGAGCGCCUACGUCCUGCUCCAAGGACAGCCAUUGUGCCGAAUCUUCCUCCACCUCCUUCAAAACAAAGCGUAAAAGCUGCCAAAAUGGCAGCCACUGGAGGCGCCCCAACACCCUCACCGACUGCUAGAGUUCCUCCCUCACAGCCAAGUGCACAGGCUAGUACAGAUCUGUUGAGUCUGGAGUCAUCCUCUUCAACCCAAUCCAACCCAUUUUCCAAGGGUCAGAGUUUUGACCCAUUUGCAGACCCCAUCUUUGAUCCCCUGGAGUCAAGAUCUGCAAGCUCAGACACAUCAUUUGAUAGGCAGAUGAAGGCUAUGCAGGAUGGCUUUUCGUCGGGACUGGUCAUGGACAACAAUUUGUUUUCAUCCUGAGACCCUUAGAACAAUAUGAAAGAAUCCAUCUUCAUAAUACUGGUAAAAAUAUAGAAUUAUCUAGAAUAUGAAAAUCCCACCUAUCACAAAAAAAUCCAUAUGAUAUAUUUUUAAGACAAUGCUCAAGUAUAGUAUUCUACACAGAGAAAGCGGUCAUCAGCUAGUCUUCUAGGUCAUCACUGCCCUGUGUGUUUCCCAUGGUUAAGUCUUAUUUAUUUUAUUGAAAUUCAAAUGUUGAUUUAAAAGUAAGGUUUUCUUGUAAGCAAAGGUAAUAAUAGCAAGACAUUGUCGCUAGUUGUGGUGAAUUUUUAGCCCUAGCUGCAACAGUAUACUUAUUUUCUUUAUUUUGAAGUACACUUUCGUACCUUUAUUUUAUGUGGGUCUUCCGCUGACCCUCCCUCUCCCUGUGCAUGUCCUGCUUUAGGGUACACAUGGUGACACAUUCAACAGAUCAACAAAUAUAUUGAUUGUAAUAUAAGAUGCAGUUUAUUGUUAGAAAAAAAUAAAAUAUGAUUUGAUACUUUGGAUUA